CUCUCUCUCUCUGAGUUGGGUCAGUUCCCCUUCCAAUAACAGCGAUAUCGUGGACGUCUGCGCCUCUCUUCUACCAAAUCUACACCCAAAAUAGCAAAAAUAUAUCAGCGAAAGUCACUCAAAAACCCUAAUUUACCUCUAUCCGAUCUCUCUCUCACAUUUCGUUGCCAUCUCAGAGUGACAAUUCGAACCAAUUUCGUUCUCAUGGCUCUCAUCUGAUAUACCUGAUUUUGGGGACGAUUUGUGGGGCGAGGUGUUUCAUUGAACCGGCAUGAAGCGAGAAUUGGCUUGUGUAUUGGAGGGCCAGUCUCAGCUCACCGAUUCACUGACUGGGACUCAGACCGAGUCCCAGACGAGUCCUUGUGUGCGGGUUUAUGAGAACCUCAACUUUAAGAGGUUUAAAGGUGCUGUUGUGAAUGGUGUAAUUGUUUAUACCCGAGAGAGAAGGUCUCGGAUCAAUGGCCGAAAUGCGUUUUCCGAUGAUGCGGAAAUAAAUGGGCUUAAGAGCUCGGAUGAGCUGAGAAUUGAUGAAAGCCCUUCUCCUCAGGGCUCUGAAAGGGGCGAAUCAGUUGAAUUUUUAGUUAAAGAUGAACCAAAUUGCAAAUUGGAGAUGCGUAGGUGUAGUGGAUAUGGGCCCUACAGUGAGUUCUCAGGGCCUUCGGUCGAGGAGCAUGAUAUGGAAGCGGACUUGGUUGAAGUUGAAGUUAAAGAUGAGCCUAGUUGUAAUGAGGGGGAAACGGAUUUGCAAGGCCGGCCAUUGAGGCGGUUUACGCGAUCAGCAUUGAGACCUACGUUUGAGCCUACUGUGGAAAGUGCAUCAGGGGCCGUGCCAGUUGAAGUGAUUUCAAAUAUAGAGGAGGAUGAUACAUUUGGAGUCAGCACACUGGCAUCCCCGCUGAGGAAUAAGCUAGAACUGAAAAUGUCAAAGAAGAUUGUGUUGGACAGGAAGCCUACGACGGUCAAGGAGCUCUUUGAUACUGGAAUGGUUGAUGGGGUGCAGGUGAUUUACAUGGGUAGCAAGAAGGCAUUUGGUUUGCGGGGCAUAAUAAAGGAUGGUGGGAUUCUAUGUUCAUGUAUCUUGUGCAACAACUGCAGAGUUAUUCCACCAUCCCAAUUUGAGAUUCAUGCUUGUAAAACAUACAGACGGGCAGCACAGUAUAUUUGCUUUGAGAACGGAAGGAGUCUGCUUGAUCUCUUGAAGGCGUGCAGAAAUGCUUCUCUCCAUACUUUGGAGACAACAGUUCAGAAUUUCAUCAAUUCUUCACCUGCGGAGAAGUAUUUCACUUGUAAAAAUUGCAGUGUGUCGUUUCCUCCAUACUGUGCUCUGGAUGAUGGAUCUCUCUGCUAUUCUUGCAUGGAGUCAAAGAAGCCUGAGUGCAGUCCAACUCAUGAACCUGGUGAUAGUCUCAGAUCUUUGAUGCCUAUUUCAAUCUCGAAGUCCCUGAAGAGUGCAGUCCCAAAGUCCCCGAAAACUGGAAUCUCAAAGUCCCCAAGAAUUGGAAUCACGAAGUCCCCGAGAAUUGGAAUAUCAAAGUCCCCGAGAAUCGCAAUCUCUAAAUCCCCGAAAAGUGCAAUCAUAAAACCCCUGAAAAGUGCAAUCUCAAAGACCCUGAAAAAUGCAAUUUCAAAGUCCCCCAAAAGUGCUCCAGUCUGUUUGUCUUUGCAAAAGAAGAGAAAGUCAUCACCGCCAGUUUUGAUCUCAGAUCCCUCCGGAAGUGCUUCGCCAAUGUGUUCGCCUUAUAAGAGUAGAUGGAAGAUAACACCAAAGUCAUCAAAAUCAAUUCUGAUCUCAAGGUCUCCCAGUCCUGCUUCAAUGUACUUUUCUUCGCAAAAGAAGAGUCAGUGGAGGAUUACGACAAAAGAUCAGCGGCUGCAUAAGUUGGUUUUUGAGGAAGAUGGAUUGCCUGAUGGAACCGAAGUAGCAUAUUAUGCACGCGGACAGAAAUUGCUAGUUGGUUAUAAGAUGGGCUUUGGAAUAUUUUGCCGUUGCUGCAACUCUGAGGUUAGCCCCUCACAGUUUGAGGCUCAUGCAGGUUGGGCUUCACGCAGGAAACCCUAUGCAUACAUUUACACAUCUAAUGGCGUGUCUCUCCACGAGUUGGCAAUAUCUUUGUCGAGAGGUCGGAAAUAUUCAUCCAAGGAUAACGAUGACUUGUGCAUCAUUUGUGCAGAUGGUGGGAAUCUUGUGCUUUGUGAUGGAUGCCCAAGGGCUUUCCACAGAGACUGUGCAUCUCUACCAAGUGUUCCUCGUGGUGACUGGUACUGUAAGUUCUGCCAGAAUAUGUUCCAAAGAGAAAAGUUUGUGGAACAUAAUGAAAAUGCUGUUGCCGCUGGAAGGAUUUCAGGAAUUGACCCUAUAGAACAGAUAACCCAAAGAUGCAUUCGUAUUGUCAAAGACAUAGAAGCUGAAUUGACUGGAUGUGUUUUAUGUAGAGGUUAUGAUUUUAGCAAAUCAGGAUUUGGUCCACGAACUAUUAUACUUUGUGAUCAGUGUGAGAAGGAAUAUCAUGUUGGCUGUUUAAAGAAACAUAAAAUGGCAAAUUUAAAGGAAUUGCCAAAGGGGAAGUGGUUUUGUUGCGUGGACUGCAGUAAAAUUCAUUCUAUUUUACAAAAGUUGCUAACGAGAGGAGCUGAGAAGCUUCCGGACUCUCAUUUGGAUGUUAUAAAGAAGAAGCAGGAAGGAAAUGGUUUGGAAACUAUCAGUGGAUUAGAUGUGAGAUGGAGACUUAUUAGUGGCAAAAUUGCUUCACAGGAAUCUCGUUUAUUACUUGCACAGGCUGUUGCUAUCUUCCAUGAUUGCUUUGAUCCUAUAAUUGAUUCAGAAUCUGGGCGAGACCUUAUUCCAGCCAUGGUUUAUGGAAGGAAUGUUAGGAGCCAAGAGUUUGGGGGGAUGUACUGUGCAAUACUGAUGGUCAACUCAACUGUGGUAUCAGCUGGAAUUAUUCGUGUUUUUGGUCAUGAAGUCGCUGAACUUCCUUUGGUUGCUACAAGUAAUGGUAACCACGGCAAGGGCUACUUCCAGUUGUUGUUUUCCUGCAUUGAGAAGCUGCUAGCUUUCUUGAGUGUGAAGAGCCUUGUGCUGCCAGCUGCUGAAGAAGCCGAAUCCAUAUGGACUGAAAAAUUUGGUUUUACAAAAAUAAUGCCGGACCAGCUUACCAACUACAGAAGGACUUGCUACCAAAUGGUGACCUUCAAAGGAACAUCAAUGCUACAUAAAAAGGUUCCUGAGUGUCGGGUUGUAAAUACACUAUGAGAGCAGGGGGGAAAUGAAAGAGCUUUUUUUCUUUUUCCUUAUCCUUAUUAGCAAGCUUUUAGUUUCCAGUUCAUGUUUGUAAAAUUUUAUGAAUUGGAAUUGUCAAGCCUCUGCUGUUCAUAUCAACAUUUUUCUUGAACUUCAGCUAAAUAGCUCUAUUUUUCCGUUAGUUUUUUCUUUAUAAGGCUUUAUUGAGCGCAUAUUCUGCAUGCACAAGAGUUAAAUGUAUGAAAGUUUUUAAGUUC